AUGCCGUGGACAAGCACUAACAGAAUUUACGCCAAACCUUCAAACUCGAGCACGGGGAUGAGCGAGCCUCACGCGAGGUCAAAUCCACCUGCUAAAGCCGCCACCACCGCCGCGGAAGACUCCGGCGGUCGCUUUGAACUCAGCGACCACGGGUACGGAAAGAGUUCCGUUAAGUUACUACACGUACAUCGGGACGGAGACCGGCAUGCGAUCAGAGAAUUCGAAGUCUCCACGGAGUUGAAGCUGGCUUCGGAAUCCGCGUACACGGUCGGCGACAACAAGGAAGUGGUCGCCACAGACUCGCAGAAGAACACAGUUUAUGUCCUCGCUAAGAAGCACGGCAUCAAGACCCCAGAGGAGUUCGGUGCUGUUGUAGUGAACCAUUUCCUUUACACGUAUAGACAAGUGGUAGAAGCCAAGUGUCAUGUUAUCGAGUAUCCCUGGGAGAGGCUGCAGGCCGGUGUACCACAUAACCACGCGUUCAUAUUCUCACCAACCGCUACCAGGUGGUGUGAAGUUUCACAAGCCAGACACGAGGCAGUGACAGUGAAGUCCGGGUUGAGUGGCCUAAGAGUGUUGAAAACUACACAAUCGGCGUUCGUCGAUUUCGUUCAAGAUGAAUACACAACACUUUCGGAUGCAGCUGAGAGGAUUUUUAGUACCGUGGUGGAAGCAGAAUGGACAUACGAUAAUAUGAAAUCCGCGGACUUCGACGACGCUUGGUUAACAGUAAAAGAUGCAAUCCUUGAUAAAUUCGCUGGACCUCCAGACACAGGAGUUUAUUCGCCCUCCGUUCAACACACCCUGUAUCAAGCUGAAAAAAUCGUUCUAGAAAAAGUACCCGAGAUAACAUGGAUCCGGAUGACUAUGCCAAACAAACACUACCUCAACAUCGAUGUAUCAAAAUUCCCCGCAAACGUGACGAAAGGAGAUCCCCGCCAUUACAUCUACCAACCCAUAGAUAAGCCGGCAGGACUGAUCUACGCGCAGCUACGCCGUAGACCAAAAAGUCGGUUGUGA